AUGUGGCUGCUGCACCUGUUGCUGGCCCUGCUGGCUCCUGUUCCUGCUGCAGGCUGCCAGGGUGCUGAGCUCGACAGGCAGCUCGUCCUGGCCAAGCUCCGGGCCCAGAUCCUGGAGUAUCUCAGCCCCAGCAGCCGGGCCCAGCAGGAGAGCAGGGGGAUGCACAGGAGACACAUCCCAGGGACUCCAGACCGGCGGGGCCAGGAGCUGGAGGACACCUCCCAGGUGAUACUUUUCCCCACCACAGAUGUGCCGUGUGAGCCGCCCCAGCCGGACGAGCUCCCAGAGGACGAGAGUGUUUUCACCUACCUCUUCCAGCCUUCGGCUCACACCCUGAGCCGCGUGGUGACGUCCACCCAGCUCUGGUUCCACACAGGCCCCGUCGUCGUCGUGCCCCCCAGCUCGUCAGCUGCGGGCAACCGCUCAGCGGGGGGGGCCGACGUGCUGGUCCUGUCGGGGCAGGGCCGGGUCACCGUGGCAGCCACCGUGGUGCAGGCCGCCGAGCAGUGGACGGUCUUUCACUUCGCGGCGCCCUUCCUGCGUUACGUCUCCCGGCAGCUCUUUGUGCUGCUCGUGCGCUGCCCGGGCUGCCCCUGCACGGCCGCUGCAGACAAGAUGCCCUUCCUCAUGGCCACCACCAAGCCCAAGGGGCCGGACAGAGCCCGCCGCGCCUCCGUGCCCUGGUCCCCGGCUGCCCUCAACCUGCUGCAGCGCCCGUCGGAGGACGCCGCAGCCCACGCUGACUGCCACCGGGCCGCCCUCAACAUCUCCUUCGAGGAGCUGGGCUGGGACAAGUGGAUCGUGCACCCCAGCAGCUUCGUCUUCCACUACUGCCACGGCAGCUGCUCCGACGCCCACACCCUGAGCCACGCGCUGGGCUUCCGGCUUUGCUGUGCGGCGCUGCCCAGCACCAUGCGCUCCCUGCGCGUCCGCACCACCUCCGACGGCGGCUACUCCUUCAAGUACGAGACCGUGCCCAACAUCCUCACCCAGGACUGCGCCUGCAUCUAGGGCACUGGGCGCCACGGCAGCCCUGCGCUGGGCUCUGCCACAGCCGGCCCGAUUCUCCCGGGAGCUCCCCGCCUCCCCAGCCC